GCCCUCCCCUUGUUCAAGCAGAUUUAUUGAGGCCCAGUGCUCCACUCUAGUGUCACUUCAGCUUCUCAAAGAGUGAGCAGUCAGGGGUCCACACAGCUGCAGGAACAUGGCACCAACUAAGAAGGGAAUCUUGGAGCGUCUCAAUGCUGGAGAGAUUGUCAUCGGUGAUGGGGGCUUUGUGUUUGCCCUGGAGAAAAGAGGUUACGUGAAGGCUGGUCCCUGGACCCCUGAAGCCGCUAAAGAGUACCCUGAAGCAGUGCGUCAGCUGCACAGAGAGUUCCUGCGGGCUGGAUCCAACGUCAUGCAGACCUUCACCUUCUACGCCAGUGAUGACAAGCUGGAGAACAGAGGCAACAAGCUCAGCUAUACUGGCGCUCAGAUCAAUGAAGCCGCCUGUGAUUUGGCUCGGGAAGUCGCCAAUGAGGGCGAUGCUCUGGUUGCUGGUGGAGUGUCUCAGACUCCAUCCUACCUGAGCUGCAAGAGCGAGAAAGACGUGAAGGCCAUCUUCAAGAAGCAGCUGGAUGUGUUUGUCAAGAAGAACGUGGACUUCCUGAUUGCUGAGUACUUUGAGCAUGUUGAGGAGGCCGUGUGGGCCGUGGAAAUGCUGAAGGAGACAGGGAAGCCUGUGGCUGCCACUCUGUGCAUUGGACCACAGGGGGACAUGCAUGGUGUCUCACCACAGGAGUGUGCCGUCAGGCUGGUCACAGCAGGUGCCCAGAUUGUUGGAAUCAACUGUCACUUUGACCCUGAGACCUGCGUGAAGACUGUGAAGAUGAUGAAGGAGGGGGUGGAGAAGGCUGGGCUGAAGGCUCACUACAUGGUGCAGCCUCUGGCAUUCCACACCCCCGACUGCAACUGCCAGGGCUUCAUCGACCUUCCAGAAUUCCCCUUUGGUCUUGAGCCCAGGAUCCUGACCCGCUGGGACAUGCACAAAUACGCCAGAGAGGCUUAUAACGCUGGAAUUCGCUACAUUGGUGGGUGCUGUGGAUUUGAGCCCUAUCACAUCAGGGCUGUAGCAGAGGAGCUGGCCACCGAGAGAGGGUUUUUCCCAGCUGCAACGGAGAAACACGGCCCCUGGGGAUCAGGUCUGGAGAUGCACACCAAGCCCUGGGUCAGAGCCAGAGCUCGCCGUGAUUAUUGGGAGAACCUGAAGCCGUCCUCUGGUCGCCCCUUCUGCCCUUCCUUGUCUGUCCCCGAUGGCUGGGGCGUCACCAGGGGCCAUGCCGAGCUCAUGCAGCAGAAAGAGGCCACUUCCAAGGACCAACUCAAACAGCUGUUCGACAGGUCAAAGACGCAAUAAAUGCGUCCUCCUCCUUCACACCUGAUAGCUGAUGUGAGCCAAACGGCUGUGCUGCGUGGCUGCACACAUCCUGCAUGGAGUCCUGAACCUCAUAAAAAAAACAUCAAGCAGGUUUUCUCCUUUGAGACUGCACUGUUCUGUACAUGUGAAAAUGAGGCCACAGAGUCUCCAGUUAGCAAAGGCCCAUUAUUCAGUGAGCAACUUGCCUGUUUUCCUUUAUGUUGGACCAGUUUGUUUAAUAAAACAAGACCUGAUACAAACUGAA